AUGAACAUAUUCAUUGGUGUUAAACAGCUGUCAUUGCUUCGACCUCGGUCAUGCAUGCCAUUGAUAUCUCAUGUUCCUGCAACAUCUCUUAAAUCCUAUUUUUCAACUACUUCCGCUACAUUCACAUCAACCCACACUUCAAAACAAGACUCUGUCCAAAGUGAAUGGGAAACUGUAAGCGAUGACACUUUCACCAAGGCCCAAGAAACGAUGCAGCACUCGGGCCGUUCAUGGAAAAGUAAAUCAAACUCAUCCGGCUCUAAAAAACCAUUUACUGGACCUAAUACUAUGCUUCGUCGUGUCCUGCAUAUUCGUCGAGUUGCUCAUGUCAACAGUGGUGGUAAACAGCGAUCUAUUUCUGUUCUUGCGGUUGUGGGUAAUCAGAAUGGAUCUGCUGGAUAUGGCAUGGGAAGAGCCCUUGAUUCAGGUGCUGCCAUGCGCAAAGCACUGGUUCUUGCAGAGAAAAAUAUGAUUCAUUUCAAUCGAUUGGACAAUCGCACCAUCUUUGCUGAUCUGGAACACACUUAUCACAAAACAGUUUUGCAACUGCGUACUGCUAGUCCAGGUUAUGGCCUUAUGGUCAAUCGUAAUAUUCACGAAGUUUGCAGAUGCAUUGGUAUCACUGAUCUUUCUGGAAAAGUACGGGGCUCCCUCAAUCCAAUGAAUGUCAUCAAAGCCACCUUUGAUGCACUCUCGACGCAAAAAAACCCUUCAGAGAUUGCAAAGAUUCGUGGUAAAAAGGUGGUCGAUAUCCAACUCGCAUAUUAUGGAACCAAGCUCUAGGAACUAGGAUCUGGUUCCUGUAGUAGAUGGAUACGACUCCAGUCUGGAACUGUUUUGUGCUUAAUAAAGUCUUCUCUGGUGAUUUC